CCCCGGAGCCACAGUGUUUUCUGCGGGACUCCGCUCACUACUUUCUAGGACUCUCCAUGGCCGCUUGAGACGCAUCGAACGCUGUUUUCUCAUUUUUUUGUUAGUUGUAAACGUUUGGAAAAAACUUUUCCCAGACAAACUUAGGUCUUUGGUGUUGUUUUUAUGUUCGAAAAACGAGGAUGCAGCCUCCACCGAGAAAGGUUCGGGUCACUCAGGAGCUGAAACACCUACAUGCAGAGCAGAUGAGCAGGUUGCACGUCAAACACCAGGCAGAAUGUGACCUCCUGGAGGACCUGAGGACUUUUAGCCAAAAGAGGGCAUCUGUGGAGCGGGAAUACGCCCAGGCGCUCCAGAAGUUGGCGAAUCAAUAUCUAAAGAGGGAAUGGCCAGAUACAAUGUUGGAAGAACAAGAAAGCCAAAGGAACAUAUACUGUGUGUGGAGGGCGUAUUUGGAGGGCACGGUCCAGGUCGCCCAGUCCAGGAUCAGCGCCUGUGACAACUACAAAGUCCAGGUUGUUGAUCCCGCCAAGAUGGCCAGAGUGCAGAAGGACCAGCAGCUGAGGAAGUGCAUCGAACAGCUGACGGUGGUUCAGGCAGAACUGCAGGACUCUGUGAAAGAACUGACCAAGAGCCGGAAGAAGUACCAGGAGGCUGAGACCAUGGCGCAGGCUGUCCGGGAGAAGGCUGAACUAGAGGCCAAGUCCAGGCUAAGUCUGUUCCAGUCCAGAUCAAGUCUGCAGCGGGCGAGCAUAAAGCUGAAAGCCAAAAGGAACGAAUGCAACGCCAAAGCGACUCAUGCCAGGAACGACUACUUCCUCACGGUAGCAGCCGCUAACGCUCAUCAGCGGCGCUACUAUGAAACUGACCUACUGGACUGCAUCAAGGUCUUAGACGGCAGGAUCUACAAGCAGGUCAAAGAAUACCUGGUCUCGAUGUGUCAGACUGAGCUGGAAACAUAUCAGACCGUCCACAAUGUCUUCAACCACCUUUUGAACAGCUCCACUGGGAUUCUUCGGGAGUUUCACCAGCAGCUGUUUGUCCAGAAGAAUCCUGUGUUUCAGCAAAACUCUGACUUUAUGUACCAGCCCAUCGACGCUGACACGGUGAUGCAGCUGCAGAAAGAGAGCGGCACCGCAGAGGAGCACAGUCUGGAUAAGGAGGCCAGGAAGUGGGCGAGCCGCGUGGCUCGAGAGUACAAGAGCAUCAUCCACACCCAGAGAAUUCUGGAGGAAUACGGGACUCAGGAUGCUUCGGAUCAAAACCACAGUGAGCUGGAGCCCAAGGUGGAGGUGGCCAGGCAGAGUCUCCGCAGGGCCGAGACGGUGAAGCUGAAAGCGGAGGCUCGUCUGGACUUGCUGCGGGAGGCGGGCAUUGCUGUGGAAACGUGGCUGAAGAGCGCCAUGAACCAGGUGAUGGAGGAGCUGGAGAACGAACGCUGGGCCAACCUCAGUACCCAUGAUCCUUCAUUCUCCGGAACAGCAGAUUUGGAGCGGGAGGAUGAGGAGGAGACUGAGGACAGCGGAGAGGUUCUGGAUGACUGCAGCUCGAGUCCGUCCAGCACCUUAAAAAAUUAUCCCCUCACCUGCAAAGUCCUUUACUCCUACAAGGCAUCUCAGCCAGAUGAGCUGACCAUUGAGGAGCAAGAGAUCCUGGAGGUCAUUGAUGAUGGAGACAUGGAAGACUGGGUCAAGGCCAGGAACUGCAGUGGGCAGGUUGGAUACGUUCCGGAGAAGUACCUGCAGCUUCCAUUCUCCAACAGCCUGCUCAGCAUGCUGCAGUCUCUGGCUGCCCUGGAUGCCCGAUCCCACUCCUCCAGUAACUCCACCGAACCUGAAACCGAAAUACCAACCGGCUCAGUCAAUGGAGACUCCAGCGUGUCAUUUGCAAAGGCCCUGUACGACUACGCGGCGCAAACGGACGAUGAGCUGUCCUUUCCGGAAGGCGCCAUCAUCCGCAUCCUCAGCAGAGAGACCCACGAGGACGACGGAUUCUGGGAGGGCGAGUUUAACGGCGUUGUGGGCGUGUUUCCAGCCGUUCUGGUGGAGGAUCUAAACAGCACCAGCGAGAAUGGAGACUCCUCCAGAGACGGCAGCACACAGGCGUCGCCCUCGUCUGUGGCUCAGUGCGAUCGAUCCCCUCACAGUCCCUUCCACCCAGGGCCCCUCCACAGCAGCCCCCUUCAGACACCCACCACGGCCUCUCCACAGGCCAGUCCCUCCAGCGCCACAGCCUCUCCCAUUGGCCGACCGCCAUCCUAUCACAACGGGCAUCACAGGCCACCGCCAGCAUCGCACAAAAAUCCAGCCCAAGGUUCUCCACAACCUCCUAAAUACCCAGAUAGUGCAUCCGGCACCAUUCGCCCCGUCCGUGCUGCUCCUCCGCCCCCGAAGCAGCACCCUCGAGGCCAGGUCAAACGACGGGAGGAAGUGGAGGUCACGCUGGUGUAACGGCGCCGCGCCGCCCUGGUGGUGGUGGUGGUGGCAGCGCCUGCUCUGUUUAUACUGUGGCCUCUUAACGUUCUUCCAAAAGAAACCCAAGGAAACUUCAAGCCACCCUGAGACCUCCUGGAGGUCAGGCG